AUGAGGCGUGCUGAGGACAUCAAACUUGCACGCGAGUUUCUUUCUACGUUGGGUGACCUCAACCAGACUCUGAUCUUUGCAAAGAUCGACAAUGUGGAGGGAAUGACUCAUUUUGAUAAUCUCCUUGAAAAAGCUGAUGGAAUUAUCCUCUCUCGUGGGAAUCUUGGGAUCGAUCUCCCACCAGAGAAGGUGUUUUUGUUCCAGAAGGAAGCUGUUCACAAGUGCAACAUGGCAGGGAAGCCGGCAGUGGUGACUCGUGUCGUGGACAGUAUGGCUGACAACUUGAGGCCUACUCGUGCAGAGGCAACUGAUGUCGCCAAUGCUGUUUUAGAUGGCAGUGAUGCAAUCCUGCUAGGAGCAGAAACAGUGAGGGGGUUUUACCCUGUAGAGACUAUAUCCGUUGUUCGUAAGAUUUGUGCUGAGGCAGAAAAGGUUUACAAUCAGAAUCUCUACUUCAAGAAGACAGUGAAGUUUGUUGGGGAACCAAUGAGUCACCUUGAAUCAAUUGCCUCAUCUGCUGUCCGAGCUGCUAUCAAGGUCAAGGCAUCAGUCAUCAUCUGUUUCACUUCUUCCAGGAAGAGCUGCUAGGUCUCUAUCAUCUUAUAGAUUUUUGUUUUAGCUAUAAGGUAGUUGGUAUUUUCAAUUUUGAAUCGGAAUAUGCAAUGAUGAUGUAUACUUGAUAUUUGGUUCAUUUGUAUAAUAAUGUAUGAAUUUUUUGGAUGAUAUAUAAUAUUGUUGUCGUUGAUUUUA